UUCCCCCCACUGACACCAACGAUGGGCACUAUUUCCCCCCACUGACACCAAUGAUGGGGCACUAUUCCUCCCACUGACACACUAUUCCCCCCAUGACACCAACGGGGGCACUAUUCCUACCAACGACACCAACUGAUGAUGGGACACUAAUUCCUCCCACUGACACCAACGAUGGGACACUAUUUCCUCCCACUGACACCAAUGAUGGGGCACUAUUCCUCCCACUGACACCAACGAUGGGGCACUAUUCCCCCACUGACACCAAUGAUGGGGCACUAUUCCUCCCACUGACACCAACGAUGACACUAUUCCUCCCAACACCAACGAUGGGACACUAUUCCUCCCACUGACACCAAUGAUGGGGCACUAUUCCUCCCACUGAUACCAACGAUAGGACACUAUUCAUCCCACUGACUUCAGUGAUGGGGCACUAUUCCUUCCACUGACACCAAUGAUGUGGCACUAGUCCUCCCACUGCAAAAUUACAGUUAUGAAGUAGCAACGAAAAGACCACAACAUGAGGAACUGU